AACCGUCGUAUUUUCAGAAGGUUCGUCUUUUAGUGCCGAUGGAGCUUUUCUGUAUACGAAACCAUCGAUCAUGUAUUACAGCCUUUCAUGAUUGACACUUUUUUUACGCUUCUCAUUUACAGUUACACGUUUCACAGUGUUUUCAUUUGUUUGAAAACUACUGAGAGUAAUUUUAUUCAUUGACCCCAUCAGAUUUUUGUGUCUCAAUUACUCAGAGAAAUAGUGCUUAUAAGGUUUAGAUUUUCCAUGGAAGGCUGUAUUUAAACUGCGGUCCUUCGGUUCUUCAUUAAGGCCCUUGGUGGAGCUUGCAGUGAUGCAUAUAGAUUCCUCCACAUAAGAGGUCAAGAUAAGGAACUGAAAAAUGCCAGAUCUACAGGCAACAGUUAAUGACUUUGUGGUCAAGCUUAAGCGACGGUUCUCUUUUGCCCUGGGGGGUUCAUAAACCAAUCAGGCAGGUUGAGGGUUCACAGGCUAGCGCCAGAGAAACUGCAGUUGUACUUCGGUCAGUUAUCUCUCAACAACGUGUACCACAUUCUAAUCAGGCAGCAUCACUUAUUCAAGCUGUAAAAUCGGUGGGCGUGCAACUCAUUGCUGCCAAUCCUGUUGAGCUAGCUGUUGGGAACAUUGUGAGACGUGUAUUACAUCUUAUUCGCGAUGAGGAUGUAGCUUUAGCAACAACAGAUGUUUUGGGCUUAGAAGUUUCUGUUGACAGCGACGAUGAAGAUGACACUCAACAUGAAAACCCAUCACAGCUAUCUGCAGCUGCUCUUGCUGCUGCAAAUAGGAUUACAUUACAAGCUCCUUCCUUACAUAAUCUUCUUGAAUCUAUACCUGGACCAGAAGUUGCUGCUUCUACAAGUUCUUCAGGAGGUGACUCUGAAGCAAAGAGCAAAUUAGUAUCUAUUGCAGCUGCUGACAAAAACUCGAAAAGCUGGAAGCUAAAACAUGGUGUAAUUGAGGCCGUCAAUGAAUUGAUUGAAGAAAUUGAUAACUGUUACUCUCAGAUUGCGGAGCAAGCAUUGGAACAUAUUCAUCAGAAUGAGGUGAUAUUAACUCUAGCACACUCAAAGGCUGUGAUGAAGUUCCUUUGUGAGGCUAAGAAAAAGAGAUCUUUUCAAGUAUUUGUUGCAGAAGGUGCUCCAAGAUAUCAAGGGCAUGCUCUUGCUAAAGAACUAGUUGCAAAAGAUUUACAAACAACCGUAAUUACAGAUUCAGCAGUCUUUGCUAUGAUAUCACGUGUGAAUAUGGUUAUAGUAGGUGCUCAUGCGGUCCUGGCCAAUGGUGGAGUGAUUGCACCAGCAGGAUUGCAUAUGGUUGCACUAGCAGCACACAGACAUGCUGUUCCAUUUGUUGUAUUAGCUGGUACACACAAGCUAUGCCCUUUGUAUCCGCACAAUCCAGAGGUUUUACUGAAUGACCUUAAAUCACCAUCAGAAUUGCUGGACUAUGGAGAGUUCUCUGACUGCAUGGACGGUGGAACUGGGAAUUCAAGACUGCAUGUAGUCAAUCCAGCAUUCGACUAUGUUCCACCACAGCUUGUGAGCCUUUUCAUCACUGAUACUGGAGGACACAACCCUUCAUACAUGUAUCGAUUAUUAGCAGAUUAUUACACUCCUGAUGACUACGUUCUCCAACAGCCUUUAAAGACUAAAUAGUGAGGCAGCUUUUGUAUCUUCACAUUUUCUUGAUGGUUCUCAUUUUGCAUGGACCUUAGUCUUCGUAAUUAAACCUAUCCUCUUAAUUAGUUUGUCUCUGCCAGAGAUAGAUGGUCUAGAGUAAGCAGAUGCAUUGUUUUUGCAAAUAUUAAUUCUUAUUGGGAACCUAAAAAAGUUUUUGCUUACAAGUAUGUUCUUCUAAUUGUGGCAAUGUGAAAAUGGUAAGUUCCUAUUACAAAAAAUGGGGAGAACGGAGAGAGGCAAAUGUGAUAACGAUUGUUCUUUCUGCCAGAUGAUACGGUUUGCUAUACCAAGUUUGGUGUUUAUUUGAAGCUGAAAAUUUCAAUCAA